CCUGCGCCGCUCCCUCGCUCCGCCUCGCGCGGUUGGAUCAGUCCUCUGGCAUUUCCUGCAGCCGGGCCGCGCCGCCAGCUGAGCCCCCGCGCCCGGCCCGGCCGACCCGGCCCGGAGCACCGAGCGCAGCGCCGCACGAAGCCCCCCAGCACCCACGCCAUGAAGGAGGAGGCCUUUCUCCGGCGCCGCUUCUCGCUGUGUCCGCCCGCCUCCACCCCACAGAAGACCGACCCCCGGAAGCUCGCACGACACCUGCUCCUGGGCUGUGAGAAUGAGUUCAGCCCGGCCGGCCCAGGGAAGGACAUGGAGCCCGAUGGCCCGUCACUGCCGAGAGAUGAAGAGCCCCCCACCUCAGGCUCUUCCACCAAGGUGCCCCCGGCACUGCACACCACCGUCCCCAGAGAGGGCAGCCACGGCGUGGAGAUGAGUGGCCCGCUGUGUGCCCAGGAAACUGUGGACGCUGGAGUUGGAAUUUCAUGGACCUUUCAUGUCCCGAGAAAUCGUAUCCAUUCGACUCUGUCUCAGCUGCUCACAGUUGCGGAAACUGUCCUUGGCUCGCAGGCAGAGAACAGGCUGUGCAAUGGAUCUGACAAGGAGUGUGUGUCCCCAAAAGCCAGGACCUCCAAGAAGGAGACCCUCAAGGCACAGAAGGAGAGCUACCGACAGGAGAAGAAGCGGGCCACCAAGCAGCUGUUCAGCGCCCUGACGGACCCCAGCGUGGUCAUCAUGGCUGACAGCCUGAAGAUCCGCGGGACCCUGAAGAGCUGGACCAAGCUGUGGUGCGUGCUGAAGCCAGGGGUGUUGCUCAUCUACAAGACGCCCAAGGUGGGCCAGUGGGUGGGCACCGUGCUGCUGCACUGCUGCGAGCUCAUCGAGCGCCCCUCCAAGAAGGACGGCUUCUGCUUCAAGCUCUUCCACCCACUCGACCAGUCCGUCUGGGCCGUGAAGGGCCCCAAAGGCGAGAGUGUGGGCUCCAUCACACAGCCCCUCCCCAGCAGUUACCUGAUCUUCAGGGCCGCCUCGGAAUCGGACGGGCGCUGCUGGCUGGACGCCCUGGAGCUGGCCCUGCGCUGUUCCAGCCUGCUGCGACUGAGCACCUGCAAGCAGGGCCGCGACGGGGAGCCGGGGUCCUCGCCCGACGCCUCGCCCUCCUCGCCCUACGGACUGCCCGCCUCAGCCAGCGUGCACCCAGACCAGGACCUGUUCCCGCUGAGCGGCUCUUCCCUAGAGAACCACCUGGAGAACGAUGGCUUCUCAGACAAGUCAGAGAACGCCGAGGACUCGGGGGCGGAGACCCAGGACCACAGCCGCAAGACCCACGAGAGCGGCAGUGACCAGUCUGAGAGCCCCGGGGGGCCCCGCAGAGGGACCACCUAUGUGGAGCAGACCCAGGAGGAGCUCGCGGAGCUGAACGAGGUGUCGCAGGUGGAGACGGUGUCCGAGGAGAACAAGGGCCUGGUGUGGGUGCUGCUGCGGCAGCUGCGGCCGGGCAUGGACCUGUCCCGCGUGGCGCUGCCCACCUUCGUGCUGGAGCCGCGCUCCUUCCUCAGCAAACUCUCCGACUACUACUACCACGCCGACCUGCUCUCCAGUGCUGCCCGGGAGGACGAUCCCUACAGCCGCAUCAAGCUCGUGCUGCGCUGGUACCUGUCAGGCUUCUACAAGAAGCCCAAGGGAAUCAAGAAGCCCUACAACCCGGUGCUGGGGGAGACCUUCCGCUGCUGCUGGCUCCACCCGCAGACCCACAGCUACACCUUCUACAUCGCUGAGCAGGUGUCCCACCACCCGCCCGUGUCCGCCUUCCACGUCAGCAACCGGAAGGAUGGUUUCUGCAUCAGCGGCAGCAUCACAGCCAAGUCCAGGUUCUACGGCAACUCACUGUCGGCUCUGCUGGACGGUAAGGCCACGCUCACCUUCCUGGACCGAGCGGAGAACUACACCCUCACCAUGCCCUAUGCCCACUGCAGAGGCAUCCUGUACGGUACCAUGACCAUGGAGCUGGGAGGGAAAGUGACCAUCGUGUGUGAGAAGAGCAGCCUCCAAGCCGAGCUGGACUUCAAGCUCAAGCCUUUCUUUGGGGACAGCACCAGCAUCAACCAGAUCUCGGGGAAGAUCACGUCGGGAGAGGAGGUCCUGGCACAUCUCACCGGACACUGGGACCGAGACGUGUUUAUCAAGGAGGAGGGCAGCAGAAGCCCCGAGCUCUUCUGGAGCCCGAGCAGGGAGGUCCGCAGGCAGCGGCUGAAGCGGCACACGGUGCCGUUGGAGGAGCAGAUGGAGCUGGAGUCCGAGAGGCUCUGGCAGCACGUCACCAGGGCCAUCCACGAGGGUGACCAGCACAAGGCCACCCAGGAGAAGCUGGUGCUGGAGGAGGCGCAGCGGCGGCGCUCCCAAGAGCUCCAGCAGAGCCUCGCGCCCUGGAAGCCGCAGCUCUUCCACCUGGACCCGCUCACCCAGGAGUGGCACUACCAAUACGAGAACCACAGCCCCUGGGACCCCCUGAAGGACAUCGCCCAGUUUGAGAAGGAUGGGAUCCUGCACACCCUGCAACGGGAGACCAUGGCCCACCAGACCACCUUCCGGGGCAGCCCAGCGUCCAGGCAUGAGAGGUCUCGCCCGGAUCGGCGACUGCGCAAGGCCAGUGACCAGCCCUCUGGCCACAGUCAGGUCACAGAGAGCAGUGGCUCCACGCCCGAGUCCUGCCCAGAGAUGUCGGACGAGGACUGCGACUAUGCUCCUGCUGAUGAGAGCCCGUGCCCUCGGUGCAGGAGGGAGGCCCAGCGGCUACAGGCACUGCGGGAGGCUGUGCUGUCCAUCCGGGAGGCCCAGCAGGAGCUGCAGAGGCACCUCUCGGCCAUGCUGAGCUCCGUGGUGCAGGCCGGGCAGCCGGCCCCCGGCCUCCUGCAGAGCCCCCGCGCCUGGUUCCUGCUCUGCCUGUUCCUGGCCUGUCAGCUCUUCAUUAACUACAUCCUGAAAUAAGAGCCCGGGGCAGCGGCGUCCCUGCAGAACUCCCCAGCCUGAGCCUCCCUCCCAGGCACCCAGCACUUUAAGCCAGCCCCGUGGAGGCAGAGAGGCCCGGCAAGCACAGCCACGUGGCGGAGGCCCACGGCAAAGGGAGGAGCAGGGCUGUGACCAGGGUGUUCAGGGCCCUCUGGGGGCACUGGCCUCUCCUGCAGGACCCUCCGCCCAGCGCGGCCUUAACGCUAAAGCCAAAUGCAGCUUCCAUUGUGUGACAUGCACCUUGUCAUUCCCAGUCCAGGCCCCACGUGCCAGGCGGCACCAGUGGAUUCAGGGGUGGGAAGGCCUGCCCAGGCUGUGGACGGCCACCCCCUGACAGCCGUGAAUGAGGGUCAAGGAGGGAGCAAGGAGACCCUAGGAGCCCCAGGCAUGUCAGCUCUGAUGCACUUCCAGAGACCCUGCCUCUGAUGCUGGGGUUGCCGUGAGGGGCCCCAGGAGGCUCUGGGACGGGCCGGGGCACCCCUGGGGAGGAGACACGGGGCAGUUGUUCUGCCACCGUGCUGUUCGGUGGAAGCCCAGGACAGGUAGGUACUGGACCCUCCCCACCUGAUGGCCAGAUGAGCCUGCGGGGACCAGGCGGGGCCAGGCGAGCAGUGAGCAGGAGGGAGCCCGCAGGCCAGGGCGCCCCUGCACCAGGUGGCCGGGGCCCACAGUCUUCCCACUCAUUUCACACUUUUUUAAUAUACGUAAUUGCAAUAUAUCCUGCAGCCGCCACCAGUGGCGAGCUGUGGCGUCUGCCCCCAGCUCCCGUGUCAAGGGCGCUCUGUGUGCGAGUGCGCGUGCGUGCGUGUGAGCAUCUGCACAUAUUUAUGUCUGGAGCCUUAAACUACUCUGUGGGUGCCGUCUCAGCUGUAGCUGACCCUUCAUUUUCCAAGUUUUGUACCAUGUUCUUGUCUCCUCCCCGUCCCAGAGUCGGGGACGUGUCUAUGCUCCAUGCCUUGAAAUAAAUGGACAUAUAUGA